UGUUGGCUUGUGCGUUACUACUUCUUGUAAUGGUCAUCCUUCUCGUCGUCGUAAGAGCCUGGAUGUUCCUCAACCAAGGUACAGGAGACAUCCACAAUCGAAUCCCAUCGACGAUGUCAAAGGUCACACAUGCCACAUCCAUCGCAACACAGGAUACAACGACGCCAAAACUCACACAGAGCACAACCACUACAACGACUACGAGGGGUCCAUUCACCGACAAAGAACUGACUGAAAUGGCCGAAACGCGACCCAUCACAGUCCUCUUCAUCGGUGAUCGCAGCUACAGCACGAUAUCAAAGGAACAAUUCAUGAUUUAUGCACAAAGUCAGCUGAAUCUGAUCAAUGCAGCCUUUGCAGAAAAUAACAUCAAGCUGAAGAUGAAAGUUUACGACACCUAUGUGAUGAAUGAAGAACAGGAGAAAAGGACCUCGUGGAAAUUCCUGGUAGACAGGUUCAGUCAAUUGACUCACAUAAAAGCGUUGAGGCGCUUAAUAGCUCAAUUGUUGAAUACCCUGGGACCAACGAGUCCGACAUCGUCUUCGUAUUCACGGAGGUGGGUGUCGAUGGAAUAG